AUGCGCAACCCCCCGAAUCCCCGCGCUAUUGUUGCGUUGCUGCGUCUGCCGCUUCCGAGUCUAGUCGGUAUAGGCAUCGUGACCCCGGAUGCGCCGCACGUAUGCCACGCGGCCUCGCGCUCGCUUUUGUUCCACCGUCGCGGAGGGCGCGCGAGCGCGCACGUGCGCGCCUCCCCGUCCCUCGGGCUCCGCGCUCUUGUUCUCGCUCUUGUUCUCGCUCUUGUUCUCUCCCUCCCCCCCCCUCUCUCUCGCGCGCGCGCGUUCCCCGUCUUUGUCCAGGCCCGCGCCACUCCAAGCGCGCGAAACCGCCGUCAUCUCCGUCGCGUUCCCACCGCCCCGCGUAAGCAUCCCCCCGCACGCACGCCCGCACGCGUACCGCGCACCUCGCACCUUGCCCUCUGCGCGCCUUUGUUCGACGACAAUAGACGAGCGGAGCGGCGCAGACGCGUGCCGGCAUGCCCCCUUUCCCCCCGCUUCCCCGCUUCCCCGCUUCCCCGCUUCCCCGCUUCCCCUUCUGUCUCUUCUAACUCUUCCGGCCUUCGAACGUCCCCUCCCUAUCACUCGAAGCCGCCCCUCGCUGCCCAACCACGCAAACGCAAACGCAAACGCAAACACGAACACGAACACAGACGCAAACAGGGCCCCCACAGUCCCCGUGCUUCUGCGCUGCUUAUGUCCGAGGCGGGACGUGCUCGAACUGGACUCCGUCGAGGCGUCGUGGCGUCAUGGAGUGCUCGCCAGGAGGAGCGGUGUGUACGAUCGUAUGAUCGUAUGAUCGCAGAACGCGCCAGCGCGAUCGCAUCGCUCAGCUCGCGCCCCACCCGCGCGAUCCCGCCUACCUCUUCGCCUCCCAAAAAUCCCAGCCAUCCCCCCUCCGUCUGCGCAGAGUCUGCUCUACGUCGGGCCGGCCGUCGCGCGUCCCGUGCGUCGCCUCUCUCGCGUCUCCCGCGUCCCGUCGAACAGAACACAGAGUCAAUCGCCUAUCCUGAGCCGCCGGAAGAGAACGGAGGCGCUCAGAGGACCCGGGUGCGAUCAGACGACGCCCUUCGAAUUCCCUCGCGCUCGCGAUUCGACGCGUCCCCCGCCGUUCUAGACGCCCACGCGCUGCCCGACCUGCGUUGGAUGCGCGCGCGCGCGCGCGCUCGAUCGCGAUCGUAA